AUGGUCAUGAACGGAAAGAAUGGCACCUGCGCAGUUUCUGUGCCAGACAAGAGCCGGCAGACGCCUAAAGAGUUGGAGGGACGGGGUCACUGGGAGAAUAAAGCCGAAUUCAUCCUGACCGUGAUGGGAGCAAUAAUCGGACCUGGCAAUAUAUGGAGGUUCCCAUACCUGUGCUACAGAAACGGCGGAGGUGUGUUCUUCAUCCCAUACGUUUUGUUCAUGAUUACAUGCGGAAUCCCCUUAUUCUUCCUUGAGACUGCUUUAGGACAAUACACCAGCCAGGGGAGUGUCACAUGCUGGAGAAAGAUUUGUCCGCUUUUCCAAGGAAUGGGCUAUGCCAGUCACUUAAUCAUCGCAUUCAGUGCCACCUCAUAUAUUAUCAUCAUUGCAUGGGCGUUCUUUUACCUGUUCUCAUCCUUCAGCGCGGAAUUACCCUGGGCCACAUGUGGACACUACUGGAACACAGACUCAUGUCUGGACAUCAACCAUCCAAAUGUGAGCCUCAGCAUGCCAUCCAGACUGAAUACCACUCUUCCUGUUGUGGAGUUCUGGCAGCGCCGGGUUUUGAAACUCUCUAGUGGUAUUGAGGAGGUCGGCAGCUUGAGGUGGGAGCUGGUCUUGUGUCUCAUCCUGACCUGGGUCAUCUGCUACUUUUGCAUUUGGAAGGGCAUCAAGUCAACGGGAAAGGCAGCUUACUUUACAGCCACUUUCCCCUUUGGUAUGCUGUUUGUUUUGCUCAUUCGUGGCGUAACACUACCAGGAGCAAUGGACGGGAUUAUUUACUACCUCUACCCCGAUAUCUCUCGCCUUUCAGAUCCCCAGGUGUGGAUGGAUGCUGGCACUCAGAUCUUCUUCUCCUAUGCCAUCGGCCUGGGAUUCCUAACCUCUCUUGGGAGUUACAACACUUACACCAACGACUGUUACAGGGACUGUUUCUACUUGUGUCUACUGAACAGUGCCACCAGCAUUGUGUCAGGCUUCGCCAUUUUCUCUGUUUUGGGUUUCAUGACCAACGAACAAGGGGUGGAUAUAUCGGAAGUUGCUGAAUCAGGUCCAGGGUUGGCAUUCAUAGUGUACCCUCGGGCUGUAGCCAUGAUGCCCAUGCCUCAGGUGUGGUCGGUGUGUUUCUUCCUCAUGAUUAUCUUGCUGGGACUGGACAGUCAGUUUGUUGGUCUGGAGUGUCUGAUGACGUCACUGACAGAUUUGUUCCCUAUUUACCUGCGCAAAGGCUUCAGACGGGAGCUGGUUCUGCUGGCUAUCUGCACUGUCUGCUGUUUGCUGGGACUCUCUCUGGUCACUGAGGGAGGGAUGUACCUGCUCCAGCUGUUGGACCAUCACGUCUGCAGCGGAACCACCCUGCUCCUCCUCUCUCUCUUCCAGUCCAUCAGCAUUGCCUGGGUGUACGGUGCUGACCGUUUCUAUGGCAACAUCACCGACAUGAUUGGUUAUCGUCCGUACCCUUUGAUGAAGUACUGCUGGCGCUACAUCACUCCUGUCUUCUGUUUCGGCACCUUCAUCUUCUCUAUUGUCAAAUACUCUCCGCUGAAGUUCAGUAACAACUAUGUUUAUCCUCUCUGGGCUAACAUCAUGGGAUGGUUCAUAGCCACCAUCUCCCUCUCCCUCAUCCCUCUGUUUAUGGUGUACAAAAUCAUGCAAGGAAAAGGCCCUCUUCGACAGCGAAUCUUGUUGCUCUGUCAGCCUGUGGACUUCCCCUUGGAUCAUAAAGGUUUUCAUACAAUGGGAACCACUGCCCUCACGGAGCUCAAACCUUUAUCCAAAAAUGGGGAAUUCACUAAGAGGACACAAACAGUAGUUGUCAAUCAUGAGUAA